AUGUUUAUUUAUAUAUGUAUAGUUGUAUAUAUUAGUAAUCGAUUGCUCUCUGAUGUCGUUGCACCAAUUCGAGAGACAGGCGCCCAAGCACUUAGUAUCAUCUGUAAUUGUUUAUACGAUCAACCACAAUGUUCAUCUUUAAUUUCAAUCCUUUUAAAUUUACUUCAAUUCAAUGGAACAUGGGAAAUUCGACAUGGAGCAUUGGUCACUCUCAAAUAUACAUUCAAUAUUCUCAAAGAAAUACCCAAAGAUAUGCAAAUUCCAUGUGUUCAAGCAGUACGAAAGUGUCUUAACGAUGAAUCCGAUGAUGUUGUUGCAACUGCUGCAGCAACAUUAUUACCACUUGUCACUCAAUAUGAAUCUGCCGUCCUCAAUUGUACAUCUGGUUUAAUCGGUGAACUUAUCUCAUUACUUGAUACAAUGGAUGAUCUUAAUUCUGCAGCUAGUUCAAUUAUGAAUCUUCUUGCUAAAUUACUUGCAUCAAAUUCAUCUGAAAAAUUUAAAUUAUCUUUUGCACAAGUUCUACCAAAAAUAUUUCCAUUUUGUCGCCAUCAUACAGUACCAUUUCGUUUAGCUGCUAUUCAAACUGUUAUGGAAAUAAUUGAAGCUAGUCAAUCGAAAUUAAAUACAUGUACUCCGGAAGAAUUAUCUGUACUUGAACAUACAUUUCGUCUACUUUUCGAACGAUCGAUACUCGAAUCUGAUGAUAAAAUUCUUGCAUCAAUUGAGCAAGCAUGGGCUAUUCUUUGUCAAUCGAAUAGUAUUGUACAACAAUGUACAAUUACAUCUUAUCAACGAUGGAUAUGUUUAUCUGUUCAUCCAGCUAAAGUACCAAUUAAUCAAGCAUGGCUAUUAAAUGAUGAACAACCUCAACAGACAACAGCAAUUAUUGAUAAAGAAGAUAAACGUUAUUUAACUAGUUCAACAACAAAUAAUCAUCAAUAUUUAGCAACAGGUUUUACAGCGUGUCAUCAAGAAGCACCAGUAGAACAUGAUCGUGCUGUUAUGAAAUGUCGUCGUUUAGCAGCUCGAUUAUUGGGUCAAUUAUUUGUUCAUUAUGAUCAACAACAAGCAAAUGAUGUUUUGAAUUAUCUAACUCAACAUCUUAAUUAUCGUUCGGCUGUACAAAGAAUGCUUGCAGGAAUGAUUUCCACUGAAUGGGCAAAAAGUAUGACUGAUUUUUCAUUGAAUACAAAUAUUCUUCAAGAACGUUUAUAUAAUGCAAUAAAUGAAGCAAUUUAUUUCGAUGAAAUCGCACCAUCAUUUACUAAACUUAAACGGGAUUUUACAUCAUUUAUGUAUGAAUGUGCAAAACAAAAUUUAUGUAGUCAACAAUCAAUUGCAACAAUUGAACUUCAUUCCGUUGAUCAUAUUAUUGAAUUAUGUGAUAAUGUUCAUGCAAAUAUUGCUUCACAUGCUCAAUUAAAUGGACAAAAACAAAAUAUUCGUGAUGAGGCUCAACGAAUACAAAAUGAAUCGGAGACACUUUCAUUAAGAUCAACAGCUUAUUUAGCAUCAGCUUGUGUUUAUUGGCGUUUUCUUGGUGAUCAACUCAAUCCACUUAUUCGACCAUUGAUGGAUGCAUUGAAAAAAGAAGUAGAUCCACUUAUUCAAAAAGAUAUAGCUCAGGCUAUUGCAGAGCUUAUUUGGCAAUGUACACAGCGAACAACAACUCCUAAUCCAAAUAGUAAAAUUCUAAAAAAUAUAUGUAAUUAUGUUUGUGCUGAUUCCGAUGAAUCACCGCAUGUUACAAGCUCCACACGUUUUACAGAAUCCGGUGAAACAUCAUCAAUUGUUAAUGAAGAAUAUAAUUGUACUACUUUGAAAGGAAUUUAUACUUGGCAAAAAACGAAUAGUGAUGAUAAUACACCUAAAAGUACUUUAACUCGUGAUUCAUCAACAGACUCAACACCUACACCUACACCUUCAUCAAAUAAUUCCAAUGCAAAAAAAUUUAAUUUUGAUACAACUAAUACUAAUGAUUCUGCGAGACAUGGUGGUGAAUCAGCUUUAUCUGCUAUUUGUCAACGAUUUGGUGAAACACUACAAUCAAAAUUACCAGAUUUAUAUAAUCGAACAGUAUUAGAUAUUGAACAAUUUACUGAUGGUUGUAAACUAUGUCAAACACAAUCAACUUCUGAUGCUCAAAAUUUAGCAGAUACACUUCAAAUAUUAGCAAUACUCAUUCCACAUGUUCAUGAAACAAUUUUAAAUAAUUAUCUUAAUUUAUUACCUAAUCUAUCUCGAUGUCUAUCAUCAAAAUAUACAGUCAUACGAUUUUUCAGUGCACGUUGUAUUGGUAUUUUAUCAAUGUAUAAAAUUGAUCGUGUUCUUCAAUUUAUUAUUGAUUCAAUUCUACCUAAAUUAACUAAUACAAAUAUGGAUACAAAUUAUUUACAAGGUCCUAUUGAAACCUUAUAUCAUGUUAUCGAUAGACAAGCACUUCAUAUUGUUCCAUAUGCAAAAUAUUUGAUGGUACCUUGUAUUCAAACUAUGACACAUCAAGAUUGGUAUAUAAGAUCAAUAGCUAGUAAUUGUUUUGCUGUUCUUAUUAAAUAUUAUGCAUUACAUAAUGAUGAUAAAACAGUUGAACAUAGAAAUGGUACAGAAAGUGGUGAUUUUCUUGAACAACUUUUUGAUAAUACAAAAAUGCCAGCAUAUCAUUUACCAAUGCAAGUUAAAGUCGAUAUUCGACCAUAUCAACAUGAUGGUAUUAAUUGGUUAAUGUUUCUUAAACGAUAUAAUUUAUCAUGUGUUCUUGCUGAUGAUAUGGGUUUAGGAAAAACACUUCAAACAAUUUGUGUUCUUGCCUCAGAUAUUGUUGAACGACGAAAAGAGAAUCUUGAAAUUCGACCAUCACUUGUUGUUUCACCACCAACAUUAACACGACAUUGGACAAGUGAAAUGAAUAAAUUUGUUAGUGAAGAUAUACUUCGUCCAUUACUUUAUUCUGGAAAAAAUUUAGCUGAACGUGAUAGUUUAAGAAAUAAAUAUCAACAAAAUCCAAAAGAAUAUACAGUUAUUGUUGCUUCAUAUGACGUCGUUCGUAGUGAUAUUGCUUUUUUUUCGACUAUUCCAUUUAAUUAUUGUGUACUUGAUGAAGGUCAUGUUAUUCGAAAUUCGAAAACAAAAUUAUCUAAAGCUAUUCGUCAGAUUUCAGCAGCUCAUCGUCUUAUAUUAUCCGGUACACCAAUACAAAAUAAUGCACUUGAACUAUGGAAAUUAUUUGAUUUUCUCAUGCCCGGUUAUUUGGGUUCAGAAAAACAAUUUAUUCGUCGUUAUCAAAAACCAUUACUUGCAUCAAGUCGUGAUCGUGAUCUUGAACAUGGACAAUUAGCAAUGGAUGUUUUACAUAAACAAGUUAAACCAUUUAUGUUACGUCGUAUGAAAUCAGACGUAUUAGAUGAUUUACCACCUAAAAUUCUACAAGAUUAUUAUUGUGAUUUAAGUACAAUACAAUGUAUGCUUUAUGAAGAUUUUGCUAAUAAAACUAAAGAACAAGUUAAUUAUUCUGAUAAUGAUUCACAACAUCAAAAUGGAAAUUCAACAACAGGACAUGUAUUUAAGGCAUUACAAUAUUUACGUAAAUUAUGUAAUCACCCAUCAUUAGUUCUAACAACUGACCAUCCAAAAUGGAAUAGUGUACAAACUGAAUUAAAAGAAUCACAUAUUAGUUUAAAUGAUAUUAGAUUAUCAGGAAAAUUACUUGCUCUUAAAGAAUUAUUAAUUGAAUGUGGUAUUGGAGUAUCAAGAGAUGCUGUUGUUUCAACACAUCGUGCAUUAGUUUUUUGUCAAAUGAAAGUCAUGAUUGAUGUUAUUAUUAAUCAAGUUCUUGGAACAAUGGAUAAUGUUAGUUUUCUUCGAUUGGAUAGUUCAAUGAAUCCAGUUGAUCGUUUUAAUACAGUUAAUUUAUUUAAUUCUGAUCCAAGUAUUGAUCUUUUACUACUGACAACACAUAUUGGUGGUCUUGGGUUAAAUUUAACUGGUGCUGAUACAGUUAUAUUUGUUGAACAUGAUUGGAAUCCAAGUAAAGAUCUUCAAGCUAUGGAUCGUGCACAUCGUAUUGGACAAAAAAAAGUUGUUAAUGUAUAUCGAUUAAUAACACGAAAUACAAUUGAAGAAAAAAUUAUGAAUCUUCAACGAUUCAAAACAAAUUUAGCAGAUACAGUAUUAGCAUCAGAUAAUAAUUCAUCUAGUUUGCUUAAUUUAGAAAAAGAUACAAAUCUAAUUGAUCUUAUAUCAUUAGGAGAUGAAGCCAAAGGACAAUCAUUAAUAGUAGAAAAUUCUACGAAAAAAUUUAAUAAUAAAAAACAAACAUUAAAAUCAAUACUUGAUACAUUUUCUGAACAAGCUGACAAUGAUGAAGAUGGUUACAGUGACGAAUAUGAUGUAAACAAAUUUGUUAAACAACAUCAAUAA